CUGGCCUUCGCCGGGGUGAAGCACUACCAGGGCAAGCGGCUGGAGGCGCGGAUGAAGCGGGACCAGGCGCAGCGGGCCCAGGCGGCGGCUACGACGACGACGACGACCACCGCGGCGGAAAAGAAGGAGCAGUAGGGGUCAGGCAGCCAUGAUCCUGAUCCAUGUGAGGGGGGGUCGGGCGCUGGUGUGGAGCGCCGAGGAGGCCCAGCAGCUGCGGGAGAACCACGGCCUGUGCGGGUCUCCGGUGGGAUCGCUGGCACGCCAGCCCCGGCAGAACUGCCGCCUGGGCCUUCCUCUCCUGCUGCUGCCCGAGGAGGCCCAGCUGCUGGCCGAGGAGGGCCUGGGGCUGCUGGUCAAGCCUCGGGACCGAGAGGAGCGGGAGGAGGAGGAGGAGGAGCGGGAGGAGGAGCGGGAGCGACACCGGCAGCUCCUGGGACGCCUGUGCUCGGAGCAACGCCAGCUGGCCCUGCAGGAGAAGAGGAAGCGGCUGGAGGGACUGUCCGAGCGCAUCAGGGAGGGGCGGCGCCACAAGAGGACGAGGAGGCUGCGGGGAGACACGGCCCCCGAGGCCGGUGACGAGGGUCACCCGGGACCCCUGAAGGAGCUGGAGGAGCUGGAGCGUACCUUUACCUUCCCCCCGGAGAACACCCUGGUGCAGAUCCACACCAUCUGCCCCCGUCCUCGCCGGUUCGAGGUGGUGGAUUGGCGCCUACCUUCCGACGACUGGCCUUACCCAGCAGACAGCACCCACGCCCUCCGUUACUGCGUCUUCAAGGACCUCCGCGCCAAGGGCUACCAGCUGACCAGCGGCGGCAAGUUUGGCGGAGACUUCCUGGUCUACCCAGGUGACCCGAUGCGAUUCCAUGCCCAUUACAUCGCUAUCUGCCUCCCUUUCGGGACAGGACAACCUCUACAGGACACAGUGACCGCCGGCCGGCUGGGCUCCAACGUCAAGAAGACCAUCUUGCUUUGCUCGGUGACAGAGCAGGAGCGGGUUGUUUACACCUCGGUGUGCUGGCGGGGAAUCCAGUGACUGUCCCAAGACAGGAUCCACUCUGGAUCCCCAAAAUAAAACGCCUCACUUUAA